AUGAGUAAUUUAAAAGGCAAAGACUUCUUGAUAGACAAAUUCGACCAAUAUGAGCGCGCCGGGACGUGGAGCAGUAUUUAUCAUCGCCUAAUGGUUGAAUCGAAUCGCCAGGAGAAAUCACUGAAGUUGUCCUGCAAAAGUGCAUUCUCGAUCCGGAAUGUUGAGAAGAAUCGAUACCGGGAUGUUGCACCAUGGGAUAAUUGUCGGAUUAUGCUGAAAGAAGUGGAUGAUGACGAAACCGAUUACAUCAACGCUUCGCCGGUUUCUGUUCCAGGGACUCAACGGCGUUACAUUCUUUCUCAGGGCCCACUUGAGGAAACCUGCAAUGACUUCUGGAAAAUGUGCUGGGAAAACAAGUGUCGCGGCAUCAUUAUGCUGAACAAAAUCGUUGAAAAAGGCCAUAUGAAGGAUGGUUGUCGUAUUCCUCCGGCCGGAUGUGCCGAAUAUUACCCGACCGUUGACGGGGAGAAUGAGAUCGAGUUCCACGCCUUCAAGGUGCAACUGAUCGAGGAGAAAGAGCAAGCCAACUACAUUGUUCGUAGAAUAAAGCUGACAAAGACAAAGACAGGUGAGACUCACGAGGUCGUCCACCUGCAGUACACCGAAUGGCCGGAUUUCGGUUGUCCGCAGAGUACCAAGCAUUUCCUUGAGUUCCUCCAAGAUUGUCGAGGCCGUGGAUUGAUGACAGAAAGCGUCGACGAUGCGCCACCAAUUGUCCACUGCUCUGCCGGAAUCGGGCGAACCGGGACGUUCAUCGUGUGUGAUUCUAUCCUGGACAUGUUGGAGCAUGGUCAUGAUGCCAACAUGGACCCGGAAGCGCUGAUUGUUGAGCUGAGAAAAAGCCGCAUGGGACUGAUUCAAACGCCGCAACAGCUCAGGUUUUGCUGGAUGGCAAUCGUCGAUUGGAUUCACAACCGAGAAAACCCCUCUGGAACUGAAUCCGACACAGCGUCUGAUGAAGAUGAAGAACGGGCUGAGGAUCGACCCGGACUAGCCGGAACAGGCGACUCUCCAGACCAUGAGCGGAAGCGAAUCCAUGAGACUGAAGCAGAAUUGGAUGAUCGCCUAGCCAAAAGACGCGCUAUGGUCGCCCGGAUGGUAGCAAAGCAACGGAGUAAUGAGGAGAAACGAUCUAGAUAUGGUGGCUGGCUACUCGGGGUUCCUCCGCUCUAUCUUGCCGCUGCCGGCGCUGUUGCUGCAUCCUCACUUUUCCUGUAUUUCUAUACUAAGGGGCGU